UAUUCUAGUAUAUCAUGGCGCAUGUCAAAUCGUGUGUCUGCUAUCGGUUCCUCGGUCACCCGUCGUACGAAAGGGUGUUUUAACAAUUUUGAAAUGAAAAAUAGAAAUUCGUUGCAACGAUAAAUAUCUCUUCAAUAUAAAUUCAAAAGAUUUCUAUUCGUCUGAAAUUAUAUGAAAAGUAUGGCUGAAUCAGCUGGACCGAUCCUUCAUGUCAUAGUCGUUGGAUUUCAUCAUAAAAAAGGAUGUCAAGUCGAAUACUCUUUUCCACCGUUGGUACCAGGUGCACCAAAUGAGUGUCCACUCGGUUGGAAGUACUUACCAACUCUAGCAUUACCUGAUGGAUCUCAUAAUUAUGAUGAAGAUACUGUUUAUUUUCAUUUGCCUAGUCUCAAUGAUCCUAAACGUACCAUUUAUGGUAUUUCUUGUUUUAGACAAAUUCCUGUAGAGAAAUUAAAGAAUCGAACUUCAGAUAUAACUAGAGGAACAGUACAAAAGUCAGUUUGCGUGUUAAGUACUUUGCCACUUUAUGGUCAUAUUCAAGUGAAAAUGGCAUUGAUAACACAUGCAUAUUUCGAGGAAGGAGAUUUUAGUAAAGUGUCGUUAUUAGAAGACACUUAUCGUCAUCUUAAUUCAUGUAUGAGUGGCGAAAGUCAAAUACCGCCUCAAGUAUUUGUUGGUUUAUCCGCCAGAGAUUUUAUAUUACAAUUUCGCCAUAAAGUACUACUUUUAUUUAAAUUACUUUUACUGGAAAAAAGAGUAGUCUUUUAUCAAUCACCUGUACAGCCAUUAUGUGCCACAAUAUUAACUUUACUUUCAUUAUAUCCCGGUAUGAUCGAACAUGGUCUUCAACAAGCAGCUUGUGUCAGACCAUCCAGACCUAUGUCUCCCAUACCAACUUUUGAUGAUGAAGAAAUUGCAUUAAAUAGUAUCGAUUCUAAUUUAACUACCACAAAUAUUCUAAAGGAAAACAUAUCAGAUCUUACUCAUAUUAAUGAUAACUCUAAUAGAAAUUCCUUAUGUAUAAAUGAUAAUAAAACUAUUGAAACUAUGGAAGGAAAAUGUCUGGACGAGUUUGGUAAUAUGACCAUACAAAAAAAUAAUAACGAAAAUUUAAAUGAAAAAAUAAUCGAUGUAGUAGAAUCAGCACAAGAGUGUACUGAAAGUUAUGAAGAAAAUAAUUCUAAGUAUUCGCCAAAAGGAAAUGACAAUGUACACAGAGUUCAUAGUGUUAAUACGAUUACUUUAGGCAUGGGUGAUGCCGAUAAUAGUUUGCCACGUGAUACGAGCAAUGAUGCAUUAUCUGAUGCAAGAUUGACCAACAAUAUAACUCAAAUAGCGCAUAUAAAUCCGGAACAAUGUGGAAUGCCAUUGAGUUUAUUUACAAAGGGAUACCUUUGUCUACCAUAUUUAUCUUUACCAUAUUUAGAUCUCUUAGGAGAUAUUAAUGUUAGAGGAUACGUAGUUGGAGCGACGAACGUUUUAUUUAAACAAAAAAAACAAUUGAUCGAUGUUUUAAUUGAGGUUGAAAACACAAGAAUAGAAGCUACUGAUCCAGAAUUGAGAAGACAAUUACAUCUCACUACUGAGGAUCUAAGAUUUGCAGAUUACAUAGUUAGACAUGUAUCAGAACCUCGAAAAGAUAUUUUCUUGGAUGGAGUUGGAUGGGAAGGUGGAGAUGAAUGGAUUAGAACCCAAUUUCGAGUGUAUCUUUUAAGUAUGCUGCGUACAUCGAUGCAGCAAGAUACGCGACAGUCAGAUCACUUUAAUUCUACGUUCAUGGCUGCUUGGCGUAUGACAAAUAAUUACAAAAUAUGGAGUAGCUUGAAUAAACCGGAAAUCAAUAAUAUUGAACCUGGUCAUCCUUUCGCUGGUCAAUUAUCCGUUCAAGAUAUGAAAUUACGUUUCUCGCAUACUAUGCAAAAUACUGAAAGUGGUAGGAAACUCAAUCAAGCAAUGCUUUCAACGGGAAGAGCGGUCGCGACUACUGGAAAAGCAGUAGGUGGUGCGAUUUCGCAAGCUAAAGGAGCUUUUUCUAACUGGUGGAGUACGUUAACGACAGCACAAACAAUAGAUGAAAUGAAGACUGAUAAUCAAGCUUCGAAUAUUCAUCAAACAACUCUUUCAAAUACUAUCGAAAAAACGCCAACUGACAAUGAAGAUUUAACUAUUGAAGCUAAUAAUACGGACGUAGUAGUAGCAACCGUAGAUUGAUAGAAGAAACCUUAACAUUACUUUAUGGUUAAAAAUAAUAAUUUUUUAAAUCUGAUUUAUAAGACCAGAAGCAUUCUAAGAAUGACGACAGACUAUUUCUUCGAGGAAUCUGGAAAAUUCAGUAAGUACUGUGAUAGAUAUCAAACUUUGAUUAUAUUAUCACAGAAACAAUUUUUUUUGUUUUCUCGGUUAUACAUAAAAAGUUAAUUCAACGAAUAUACGUACAUAUACAUGCAUAUAUACAUACGUGCUCAAAAAUCAUUAUUCGUGUACAGAACGCAUACUCGAAUCAUUACAUUUUUAGUAACAAUGGACGUAAUGUUUAUAAAAAAAAAAA